GAAAAGAGCCCAGAUGAGAUUCAGAUCCAGAUUCAGAUUGUGAAUCAAGCCUCACUCAUUCUCCUCUCCCUUGUCAAGCCAGAAUGAAAUCCACUGCUGCCUCUGUGGUUGUGGUUCUGCUCAUGGUCAUCAAUUAUUCUUCAGUCCAAGGUAUCCUGGAGACCAACGAUGCCAACCAGAAGUGCAAGUGUCUCAAGCUGGCAGAAGGAGUCCCUUUACGCUCGAUAAAAACCAUAUUUAUUUCACCACCUAACGUAGGCUGCCGAAAUACAGAAUGCAUAGUCACAUUGAAAACUGGGAGGAAAAUAUGUGUGGAUCCAAAGUGCAAAUGGUUAGACAAUGUCUUCAAAAAUGUAAUAAGAAACAAGCCUACCACACCAAAUAUGACUGUUGAGAGACAACACCAGAAUUCCAAAUAAGAUCAUCUGGGCUUGCCUUCCUUCCUGUUGGAAUCCUCAUUUUUUUUAUUAAUUGUUUUUGUUCUGAUGAAAUGCUUUUUUUAGGUACUUCCUUCCUAGAAACAUAUAGCCAAAAUGAUCUUUCUGCAGCAAUCCAGCAACACAUUAGCUUCUCUCUAAGGAUAUAUACCCAAGUGCUUGAUUUACAUAUCCUUGAUCAAUAUUAGUUAAUAAGAUUAUCAGAAAUAUUUAAAGGUUCUUUCAUAUAAAGGUCCCACCCAAUUUCAACCAAUGUUGGAAGUAAGACGACCACUCAAGAACCGCAAUUCUCACACUAAGGCUUUCCUCUAAAUGGAAGGGUAACUUGGACAUAAGGCACAUUGGAGCAGCUGGCAUGAGUUAGAAAGGGAAGCAAGGGAUCUUUUCUCCACCUGCAGAUUUCUGAAAUUACUGGGAGAGAAAGCCGCCCAGGAAAUUUGCAUAAUUUCAGUUGGAGUGUCUGAACAAAGUCACAUGCAAGUGAACCUUUUAGUCACACCUUAAGCAAAAAGAAUUGGGAUUUGGUGACCCCAAAGAUUCCCUCCAUCUUAAUAAAUUGAAGCAAAAGAAAGCCAAAUGAUGGUCUGUGUUAUGCUGUUGACAUUGAUAGUAUGCCAGUGGCUGUGUGGCAAAGCACACUUGAGGUGAAAUCCCACCUUUGAUGGUUACUCCCUACGUAACCUUGAAUAAGUCACCGAGCUCUCCUGGGCUGUAGAUCUCUCAUCUCUAAAUUGCAAGCAAUUGGAUGAGAUAGCCCCCAAGGUCUUUUCCAAGUCUCCACCUAGCAUCCUCCAAUGAAACACCCCAGAAUCAAACCCAGAGCGAUCAGGAUUAUUUACAGCUAAACUUGUCUUAGAGAAUGUGUUACAUACCAAGGAGUAGACAAUUCUGGACAUAAAUGUAUUUUUCUAAAGUGUACCACUCAUGUACUGUUCUUCAAUAAACACAAACAGAUGUUUAACUUAA